UACUCUUCGCUACGAUUCAACAUGGCGUCUCCAAUCGCCUUUCGUCAUGGGUUGAAAAAUGCCGGUAGAUUAACGAAUCUUCUUUCUUUAACGCCCAAAGGUAAAACCGGCAUAUUGGCCUGUAAGAGGUACGGAUCAACAGCUCUAUCAUAUGAACAGUCUUUGUACAAUGUACCUGAGACUAAAGUUACCACACUUGCCAAUGGCUUGAGGGUUGCUACUGAAGACUCAGGGCUUUCAACAGCCACAGUGGGUUUGUGGAUAGAUGCUGGUAGUAGAUUUGAAACAGAAAAAAACAAUGGAGUAGCACAUUUUUUGGAACACAUGGCAUUUAAGGGUACAAAGAAUCGCUCACAGAUGGAUCUUGAGCUGGAGGUAGAGAACAUGGGAGCUCAUUUGAAUGCCUACACUUCUCGUGAACAGACUGUGUAUUAUGCCAAGGUCUUUAGCCAAGACAUUCCUAAAGCUGUGGACAUCCUGGCUGACAUUAUUCAGAAUUCAACUUUGGGUGAGGCUGAAAUUGAAAGAGAGAGAGGCGUGAUUCUGCGUGAAAUGCAGGAAGUUGACACCCAGUUAGAAGAAGUGGUGUUUGAUCAUCUCCAUGCCACAGCCUACCAGGGCACCCCACUUGGAAGAACAAUUCUUGGGCCAACUCAUAAUGUCAAGACUAUAACCCGUGAUGAUCUUGUAGAAUAUAUCAGCAAACACUAUAGUGCUCCAAGAAUGGUUCUUGCGGCAGCUGGAGGUGUGGAUCAUGAUGCUCUGGUCAAGCUUGCAGAACAAAAUUUCAGCGGUUUAAGAUCAACCUAUGAAUCACAAGAUGUGGUCAACCCAUGCAGGUACACAGGCAGUGAGAUUCGUGUCCGUGAUGAUGACAUGCCAUUGGCCCAUGUAGCUCUUGCCGUUGAGGGAUGUGGCUGGACUCAUCCUGACUACUUUGGCCUGAUGGUUGCCAAUAUGUUGAUUGGUAGCUGGGAUAGAUCAUUUAGUGCUGGUAGAAACAUCAGCAGCAAACUUGCCCAGGAUAUGGUGGAGUAUAACUUGGCUCACAGCUUCAUGUCAUUCAACACAUGUUACACAGACACUGGACUCUGGGGUGUUUACUUUGUUGCUGAUAGAAUGAAGAUUGAUGAUACAACGUAUUGUAUUCAAAAAGAAUGGAUGCGUAUCUGUACCAGUGUGACCGACCAUGAGGUGGCUCGUGCCAAAAAUCUGCUGAAGACCAACAUUCUAAUGCAGCUAGAUGGAUCGACUCCGAUUUGCGAGGACAUCGGACGACAAAUGCUGACAUAUGGCCGCCGUAUUCCCCUCCCUGAGCUCGACAAACGAAUUGAGAUGGUUGACGCCAAGAUGGUGAGGGAUAUUGCCACAAAAUACAUCUACGAUCGCUGCCCGGCCGUGGUUGGUGUUGGUCCCAUCGAACAGCUUCAUGAAUACAACAGAAUUCGAGGCUCUAUGUAUUGGUUGAGACUUUAAACAGAAUAAUUUGCCUAUCGCCUUUAUCAUUUCACGAUGAUCGGUUCUGUUAUUACUGCACAAAGAAAGACAAAGAGGCCAUUGUACCCGCCCUCCAUCGUUUGUGUCGUGUGAAACUUUGAUCUGUAAAAAUUUAAGGAAUGGUUCGGCGCAUUCAAGCUUGUUUUAAUAAAAGUUUAAAUCUA